CCGGCAUUCAGGUGGUACACUAGCUCAACGUCCCUCGAAGGUGACAGAACUCAGCCCAGUGCGUCCGGGUGUCUGAGUGCGAAACGUGUGUGGAACUAAAGGAUACCUCAAGCAGCGCCGCAGACGCCGCUUCACCACCAAGAUGACCACCCUCAAGGUCUUGGGCGCGUUCGCCUUGUGUUUAGUGGUGGCCUCCGCCGCCUCCGUCAACGUGGACACCAACACGAUACAAGACAGUGAAGGAUACGGUUUCGAGGAGUGCCUCCGCAAGGACUCCAUCUCGUGCGUGCAGCAUCAGGUGUACCGCCACCUGAGGUCCUUCUUCGACCAGAAGUCCGUCGAGUUGCCCGGCGGCUUCUCCCUCGUCAAGGAAGGCGAGGUGGCCCGCGAUGGCCGCUCCGCCGAGGAAGUCCUGCCCCAGGGCGCCGUCGAGGACCGCGAAGAGGCCCUCGAGACCUUCGCCGUCCAGAAGGCCACCGAGUUCUUCUCCGAGAGAAGCCUGCGAUGGAACGUUGCCCCCAUCGUCAGUGAUGUGAGCGCCUCCGCCCGCGCCCUCAUGGACUACGUGCCCGCUGAGCUCAAGGCCAAGGUCACCAACUUCAUGACUGAGGGUCGUGGCAAGAAGAAGAAGAUCAUCCGUGCCCUCAUCCCCGUCCUGCUCGCCGCCAAGAUGAAGAUCGUCGGUUUCCUGGGUCUCGCCUACGUCAUCAUCGCCCUCAUCGCCAAGAAGGCCAUCCUCGCCUCCCUCGUCUCCCUCGCCAUCUCCGGCUUCAUCGCCCUGAGGAAGCUGCUCGGCAACCAGAGCCACGGUCACGAGGUGAAGGAGGUCCACGCCGAGUACGCCCCGCACGGCUGGUCCGGCGGCUACUCGUCCGGCGGCUGGGACGGCGGUGACGCCCACGGCUCCUACUCCUCCCCCGUCGCCCACGCCCUGGCGUACAACGGCCAGAAGCCCAUCUCACGGCGGUGAGGGGACGACGCCACACCACCGAACCAGCGCUGCCAUGUUGCUCGGAAGGUGACGCUGCGCGGACAGUCCGACCGCGAUUCCGUCAAGCCAACCGGGCGCACAAGCAUUAAUUUAUUUUUUUUGUAAAUAAUUUAUUACGUUUCCCAUGUUGUAUUGUUUGUUUUCCUUUCAGAACCCGACACGUAAAUGUUAACAAAACCGUAACAAAUCGCUACGACAAAAACUUUUACUUUGAUCUUUGAAAGUCGAAGAUGAAACUCCUAAAACUAUACGUUACAACCUCUAGUCCUAUAUUUGAGCACAGGCUUACAAUUAACCAAGACUUAAGUCUAGGAUCAGACGACAGACCAAAGACUCGUAGGCUACUGACUCAGGACUCUAGACUAUUGACAGAUCGACUGAUAAACCUUCUGCUCUUGACCGAUAACUGUAGACGAGGAAAGUAUUAGAAUCCUAGCAACAUAUCUCAGGUACCUUUUUACGAGUGCCCCCAGUUAGAAGGGUGGUGCGACAUUUUUCUCACCUUUUUACCUGUAGCUAUUUCUAUCUGACUGACCAGUGAAGACUAUUUCUUUACAGUGUUUCUCUUAUUGUUGUUAAGUGACUUUCUUGUUCGCUCUUAUGCAUCUUCUCUGCUCUGUGAUAUUACCUUCCUUCUCAGUUGUAGCUAUGACUAGAUUCAGUGUUUUCACAUAGCGUGAGCUAUGGAGUAACACGCACCACAGAUGGAUCAUUUCAUUACCAAGCCUCUUCUCUCUGAAACCUGUGUAAUGAAUCUCCUUGUUAUUUUAAAGAAAUAACAGAACUUUACUAACGGAGCGUCCCACUUAACACAUCUAGUCCUUUGUAUUUUGCUCAAAACGUAGAUUGACUUCGUUAACUCUUCUGACAGACCCCUUGAUGUAUUGAAAGACGAUAUUUCUGUAUAACAACUUCUUGCUUUGACUUGAAACGCAAUACUUUUGUACAUAGCUCGAAGUUUCUGCUUACAGUUUACUUUGUGACUCACUUUUACUGCCAUACCAGACUGACUUGUGAAUCUUUCUAUUACUCUUCUUAUUUAUUUAAUUUAUUUUGUGCAUUCUACCUCCUAUUUUCACUGCUGCCCCUUCUCAAUUUUAAUCUAGAAGUCAAUGUCUUCCUUCAUCUCCUGUUCCACAUUGUUCUGUUUUGUUUCUUAUUUAUAAUUUUGGAGAUCUUCCACUGUGUGUCUGAUGAAAUGGAGUGAACAAUCAUGUGUUCCCUGCGUUCGAAAAUAAAGAAAAAUUUGCUGAGAGAA